UAGUUCAAUAAUUUCAUAUAGGCCUAAAAUGAAUGUAAUUUCCAAAAGUAGUUACUUACAUUCAAGUACCUUAUUUACACCUUAAAAAUACAUAGCAAAGCGAUUAGGAUUUUAAGCAUUGUACAUACAGCUUUUCUUACGCGUAAGCUGUUCGUGCACUACUUCAUAUUGUAUUUCAUAAAGAAAACUGUUACACUCCAUUAAACAACCUACCCACCUUAGUGACGUAACGUAUCAUGUUGCUCAUAUAGUUACUUUUAAUUCUGCCCUCAAUUCCCACAAAGUGCAAUAAUAAUACCACUGCGAGUUAGGCGAGUAGGAUCACGAAUAUUUUCAGAUUUUUACCAUUUAAGUCUUCUAUCGCGAGCUGCGCGAAGCAGCGGAGGUUUGCACACAUGGAAGCUUAUAAUACAAAAACUAAGGAACCGAACGAUGAUCCACCAGGAUACAAUGAAAACUAUGGCCCCUUAGAUACUAUUUGGGGGAAUCCUUUGGAGCCUGUACAAAAUGAAUAUUCACCACCACCAGAAUAUUCAUCACCAUCGGGAUGUCCCCCACCUGGAUAUCCACCACAACCUGGAUAUCCACCACAACCUGGAUAUCCACCACAACCUGGAUAUCCACCACAACCUGGAUAUCCACUACAACCUGGAUAUCCACAGCAACUCGGAUAUCCACCACAAUCCGCAUGCCUGUCACAACCACAACAACAACAACAACAGAUUGUUAUUACACGAAACUACCAACCACAACAUGUUGAAAAUAAGGUGACUUCAGCAAUUCUUGUCUCCCUUUUCUGCUUUUUGCCAACAGGCAUUGCUGCUCUUAUAUAUGCACAAAAAUCAUUUGACUGCGGCCAUGCUGGAGCACCACCUUUAGUCGAAGAAAUCGACCCCGGGACUUAUUCUUUGCACAAAGAAUGGCCCUAUCUGGUAAUAUAGAAGGCGCACAGGAAGCAAACGCUGGUGCAGGAAGACUAAUCAAAAUAUCAGUGGUUGUGGGUUUUCUCGUUAUUAUCAUUAUAAUUAUUCUACGCGUCGUUUUGAUUAGAUUAAUAGCAUGAACAUGAAAACUGACAUUAAACGAAGAGGGAUUUCUUUUUUUUUUUUUAUGUUUAAUUCUUAUCAGAUAAAAUAUUCCUAGCAAAAAUGUUCCAAGAUAUUGGGAAAUCCACACAAAUGAUAUAUUUCAUAAUAAAUUAUAUAAUUUCAAAUAUUGAACAAUGAUAUAUUCUGAUCGGUGACUUCUACAGCUCCAACUUGAUGGCAAGACCCUAUAAUGGAGUAACACUAUGAGAGUAUAGUGAUGUUUCUGAACCACUUGUACCGUUCCUUCCGUCCAACUUAAUUACCCAAGAAAGGUGAUGUUGCAUCUUGCUUUUACUUGAAUGUUCUUUAUCAUAAUCUCAGGAACUACCAAAGUUUAUAAAGCCAUUUUAGAAACAUAAAUGUUAAACAAACAAAAUUUUUAAGCUAUUUCCUAGUUUAUCAAAAUAUUGCUUUAAAGACAGUAUUUUAUUUGAGCGUUAAAUAUUCAUGUAAUAUGGUUUAACAUAAAAUUGACUGUUACGCAUUGACAAACGUUGCUAUAGCUAUACAUGUCAAUACAAGAUUCUAGAUAAUGGUAGAUAGAAAUAGCUAAGAGUGAAAACUACAUUCAAAUAUUGACCACAAAUGUAGAAAAAUAUUUCUUGUAGCUUUCAUUCAUAAAUAUUUUUGUUAAUAUUCGUUUAAAUAUUUCUUGUUAUUAUGUCAAACAAUGGCAAGUGGAGUUCACAACAAACAUACGAAUGACAUUUUGCAAACAAGAAACUAAAUCUCCAGCACAGAAAAGAUGUAAGGACAGCAGCAGAAGAUUGGGUAUCUACCCUUAUAAAACGGAAAAAGGAAGUUGCUAGCAGGUGAUUACCAGUUUUGAAACCGUACACCUGAGGUACAGUCUGUGGAUUUACCACCAAACUAAGCGACACGCUGACACCAAUCGCCAUCAAAUUCAAAGCUAAAUUAUAACCACACGAAUACGAUAACAUUUUAUAAACAAUCUUUUCAAGUAUUAGAUGUGGUUGGUAUUUUGUAAAAAUGAAAAUAAUGAUUUUAUUGUACUUCAAUAGUUUUAUUUCCAAUGUGGUUAUUGAAUUUUAGCAUAUGUAAUUCGUCUUUAGAACAUCUCAAUAAAAUUCAAUUUUUUUAACAA